AAUUACUUAAAUUCCUUUAAUUUAAAAUAUACCAAAAGAAAAAUGAUAGCCCCUUCAGUUACAACAGUCAUUCCAGCAACCUUUUCUUCAAAUAAUGGCGGGGCUUUCUUUUUACAUGGAGACCUAUUAACCCAAAAUCAUAUUGGAGGAACAGAAAUAGAAAAUAAUUUUGAAGAAAAUAUUAAAAAAGAAGGAAAAGAAGGGGAAGAAGAAGGGGAAAUAAAUAAUAAUCGAGAACAACAAUUACAUAGACGUUGUGCUCUUAUUCCUGACGAGAAGGGAAUGUUGGGGGGAGAAUCGGAUAGGGAGGAUGAUGAAAAUGAAGAGGAAAACUUUGAAAAUGAAGAAAAUAAUUAUGGAGAAUAUAGGGAAGGGUCUAGUAAUGGAUGUUGUAAUAAUGUUAUUAUUGUACCUCAUGUACAUGUAACGACAGAUGAUAAUUUUAAUAAUAAUGGAAAGAGGAGAAGAAGUGAAAGACAACAAUCCCCACAAUUACAUUAUUUUAAUAGAGCGGUAACUGCAAAUGGAACUGGACUUUUAGCUGAUUUGCAACGUGCAACACUUGCUGCCCCUCAUUUCUAUGCCGAAAAUUCCGGAAAUGAGUGUCGACCUAAAAGGUCCUCUUGGAUAUUACGAAGAUUGUACGAAUGGUCUCAUCGUGCAAAAUCUCGAGAAAUGGUUAAACAUGUUCAUGCAGCUUUAGGGGCUACUUCGAAUGAUAAUUCUGGUUCUGUAUCUCCAUCACCCCAUCAUUCAACUGGCACAGACAGUGAAAGUGGGGAGGGAGGGAGUAGUGAAUCUGAGACAUAUUUUGAGAAUUUAAUGAAUAUUCAAUGGGAAGAAAUGUUUAAUUCUUCAGAAACAACCAAUUUAAAUGAACAACUUAAUGAGAGAGAUAAACGGCGUUUAAAGGCUGUUUGGGAAUUAUUUCACAGUGAAUUAAUUUUUUUAACGAGACAAUUGUUGGUUUUGAGGAAUGUUUACAAAGAACCUUUAAAAAGAUGUCAAGUAGAGGGUUGCCUUUUAAGUGUAGAGCCUGAUCUUCUUUUUGGAAAUUUGGAACAAUUAAUUAGAGUAAGGGAGGGGGGGAGAGAGAGAGGAGGAUGUAAAAAAUUUAUUUUCCCUUUAAAGAUUAGUCGUCGAUUUUGUCGUUCAUUUAUUUCCCUUCUCCGAGAUGUCAAAAAUGACGGCCCUCCAUUUAAUAAAACAACACAAAUGAUUGUACAAUUAUUUAAAAGAUUUUCUAAAGGCCCUUCCACAAUUUCUGCAUAUCAGGCUUACUGUAUUAAUUAUAAAGCAACAAUUGAAUAUUUGGGAACAAUUAGACAAAAAGAUGAACGUUUUGUUGAUUUUGAAAGAAUUUGUGUGACUGACCCUCGUUGUGAACGUUUACAAUUAGAAGAUUUAUUAAUUUCUCCUUUACAACGAAUUACUCGUUUACCUAUUUUAUUAAGAGAAAUUCUAAAACAUACAGAACUUCAACAAGAUAGACAAAGCCUCGAAAAAGUUUUGGAACAAAUGAAUGAAAAUUUAAGAACAAUAGAUGAUAGUGUUCAAUGGUUACAUAAUUUUGAACGUCUCCAACAACUUCAACGACAAAUUGUUUGGCCUUCAGUUACCGAAAUUGAACCUAAAGCUUUUAUUCCUGAUUUUCUAAAAAAUGCAGUUUCAAAACAAUUUUGUGAAAAUUUUGUUGCCCAUCCUCGAAGAAAAUUGUUACACGAAGGGUAUUUGGAAUUUAUUGAAAAUGGACGAAAUUCUGAUUGUUAUUGUUUUUUAUUUAAUGAUAUGUUUUUAGUUACGAAAGUAAAGAAAGUUGCUUCUAAAUCGAAGAGAAAUAGCAACAGCGGCCUAACUUCGUCCAUUUCCUCAGGCACAGCCAGUAAUGCAAAUGGGCUUUUAAAUGGAAAUAAAAUUUUUAUUGUCCAUCGACAGCCACUCCCUUUAGAUUCUUGUGUUUUUUGUGAUACUGAAUCCCAAAUUGAUAUUCAAACACAGCAACAACAAAAUGGGGUUACUUCUCUAAACAAUUCAUUUGUUGUUAUGCACCUUACUCGAUACUAUCAACUAUUAAAUAUUUAUACAUUACAAGCUUCUAACAAAAAAGAGAAAGAAAUUUGGCUCGAAAAGUUCCAAGAGGGAAUUGAAAAUUAUGAAUGUAUUCAAUUAAAAGAUGCCCUAAGAUCUACCCCUUUGUAUCACAGCCUAAGUUUGAGGCGUUCUUCUAGUGGGAGAUCGCAUUGCAGCACAAAUAGCAGUGGAGUAGUUAACCAGCAUAAUGAAAAAAGUCCUGAUUUGUAG